AUGCGAGAGAUUCCGCCUUGGAGAGGCAAUCCUAAUCCAAGCACUAAAAAGGACAAUAAUGCCAUUUUCUUUGGAGCACCAGGCACUGGUAAAUCAGCUACAGUGAAAAAGAUUUGUAUCGAGACUGAUGAAUGCCCUUUGAUAAUAGUUAAAGGCUCUUCCUUAACUCCUACUAAACAAGACUAUGAUGCAGUUUAUGGAAUGGAAAGAGAAACUAAUGGAGAAGUUCGUUAUAUUCUUUUUGUAGAUGAAUGUGACCAAAUUAGUAACAAUUCUUUAAUUCAUGACCCUAAUAAACUAAGAUUUUUAAAAGAACUAUUAGAAGAUGUAGAGAAUGCCACUUACCGCGAAGGAAGAUUAAGUAAUCCUUUAGACUUUAGUUGGACAUGGGGAGAAUUUAAGAAAUAUUUUGAUGAUGCUAAAAAUAAUCCAACUAAAUAUAAACUACCGAGUGGAUUUAAUGUUCCUCCACUUCCUAGCCAAAGCGGGCAGCUAAGUUCUUAUGAUGGAGAAUUUGAAUCGCCUCGUAUACCAAAGGAAGCUGAAGUAUUAGAUGAAAAUUUACCCAACUUGGCUGAAAUGGCUAAUGUAUUGGCUAAAUCUUCUAAUGCUUUAACAACUUCUUUAGAACUUUUAAACCAAAGAAUACAAGAGAUGAAACAACAGAUUCAAAUAUCCAUGACUGGUAGUGGUGCCCAAACUGAAAUUAUGCAACUCCGCCAACAAUUAGCCGACCUAGCCAAAGAAACCUACCAAAAUACAACUACUAUUGUGGCUACUGUGGCAGUAGGCAUUGCUACCGGCGGUGCUUCCUUAGCAGUCCAAGCGGCUGCUAUCGGUGGAGCAUACCUAGUGGGUUCAGCAAUAGAUAGUGAUAACAAAAAAAAAGAAAACGAGAAUAAACAACUAAAUCUAAAAGGCGAAAUAUCUAAACAAAUAAAAGAAGAAAUAAACAAUCUUCAAAAUGAAAGAAGUCAAGAAGCAAGUCAGUUAAAUACUUUGGAUCAGAAUAUUGCCCAAAAGCAAUCUAAACUAAAUGACCCUAAUGUUUCAGAAAGCGAGAAGGUUCAAAUUAGAAGCGAACUCGCUUCUCUAGUCUCCCAAAGAAGUAGUAGUCAAACUAGAAUAAAAGGAUUAGAUGAAAAAAUAGAAAGUUUGAUAAAGCAAGGUAAUAAAGCAGUAACUGGUGGAGGUGGCUUAUCUUUACUAGAAAUGGAUCACAACACUAAGUUAAUAAUCGGAGCCAUCAUCUUUUUAGUAAUUUACUUUACUUUUAUUAAAGAAAAGGAGAAAGAUUAA